AUCACGUGUACCAUGUAAUAAAUUGUAUCCUUAUGAUUGCAUCAGCUUUCAAGCCUCCACAGGCUUCACUCUUAGAUUCGGACAUUCCAGCCAUCGUUGGUCCACAGUACUGCUUCUCACAGCAGGUUCAUCUCACCGUUGCCAGCCACAUCUUAGAGUUCAACAACGGCAACUUCGUCAUCACUGAUGAUAAUGGCAACACUCUUUUCAAGCUCGACGACAAGAGGAUCCACCUCAGAGACAGGACUGUUUUGCGCGAUGCCUCUGACUCCCCUGUCCUCAGCUUCCGCAAGAAGAGCGGCGACGAUCUCUUCACCCUCAAAGAUAAGAAUAUGAUCGAUCACCAUGAGCAAACGUAUGAGAUUCAACUUCAGGCAGACUACGCGCCCACUUUCGAAGUGAAGGGUGAUUUCGCCCGCCGCAAUUACCAAAUUAUCUUUCAGGGAACAGAAAUCGUUGCAGAGGUGACCAAAAAGCACCACUUCUCAGCCACGGCUCUCACUUUUGGAAAGAACAAAUACAACGUUGUAGUAAACCCCAAUGUGGACCAGGCAUUCGUUGCUGCCAUAGUGACAAUCAUGGAUGCCAUUUACGAGGACAACAACGAGAUGUGA